GGAAAACUGGAAGCAAGAGAGAAGAUGUAAGUUGGAAUCCAUAAGCAGACUUCCUACAAGAUAUCAUAUCCAUGAAUGAAGUUAAAGCUGGAGAUGACCAUGGUUCCUUAAUAUUCCCAUCAUUGUGUGAUUUAGAUUGAACAUAUUCUCAAGUGUAGUGCAACUAGGGCUACAGAGCAGUUGUCCUCAAUAUUCAUUGUGUUAUAAAAAUUUGUUCUGUUUAUUUUCUUGUGUGGAUAUUCUCUCUUUGAAGGCCAAACUAUGAAAAUGGUGUUAUCUCAGCGACAACGGGAAGAAUUAAAUAAAGCAAUUGCCGACUACCUAGCCUCUAGUGGCUAUAUGGAAGCCUUAGAAUGUUUGAAAAAGGAAGCAGAUAUGCCUGGUGAAAUAGACAAGAAAUAUGUUGGGCUUUUAGAAAAGAAAUGGACAUCAGUCAUCAGACUACAGAAGAAGGUUAUGGACUUGGAAGCAAAGUUGGCAGAAGCUGAAAAAGAAUAUAUUGCUGGUGCUCCAACUCGAGAGAAAAGGUCACCUUCAGAGUGGAUCCCUCGACCCCCUGAAAGGUAUACUUUAACAGGACACCGUGCUCCAGUGACCAGGGUCAUUUUUCACCCUGUAUUUAGCCUUUUGGUGUCAUCCAGUGAAGAUGCCACAAUCAAGGUUUGGGAUUAUGAAACUGGAGAUUAUGAAAAAACUCUAAAGGGCCACACAGACUCAGUUCAAGAUGUUUCAUUUGAUCACACUGGAAAGUGGCUAGUGUCAUGCUCUGCUGACAUGUCUGUGAAGCUAUGGGACUUUCAAGCUUACGAAUGUGUCAAGACAAUGCAAGGACAUGACCACAAUGUUUCCUCUGUGAGCUUUACUCCUAGUGGUGAUCAUAUAAUAUCUUGCUCUCGAGACAAAACCAUCAAAAUGUGGGAGGUGGCCACAGGAUACUGUGUCAAAACCUUCACAGGCCAUAGGGAAUGGGUGAGAAUGGUGAGGGUUAACCAGGAUGGUUCCUUGAUUGCUUCUUGUUCCAAUGAUCAGACCAUACGAGUGUGGGUGGUCACUACAAAAGAAUGUAAACUUGAGCUGCGUGAACAUGAUCAUGUAGUGGAGUGUGUUGCUUGGGCUCCUGAGAGUGCUACUCCAGCAAUUAGUGAAGCAGCUGGAGCUGAUAACAAAAGAGGUGCUAGAACUGGUCCUUUCUUGCUGUCUGGAUCUCGAGACAAAACUUUGAAGAUGUGGGACGUCAGCACUGGCUUGUGCCUCUUUACUUUGAUUGGGCAUGACAACUGGAUAAGAGGAAUGAAAUUCCACCCAGGAGGAAAGUACAUCAUUAGUGCUUCAGAUGACAAAACCCUGAGAGUGUGGGACAUAAAAAAUAAGCGCUGUUCUAAGACUCUGGAUGCCCACACACACUUCUGUACCUCAUUAGAUUUCCACAGAAAUGCACCAUAUGUAAUCACGGGCAGUGUAGAUCAGUCAGUCAAGGUGUGGGAAUGCCGCUAAGCAUGGAUCAGAAGUUUACUAAAUUGUGAACUUCUAUGUGGAAAUGUUCUUGUUAAUCUGAACUUCUUAUGGAUAUUUUCUGUAAAGUUAAGCCUCUCUCUCUCUCUUCGAGGUAGAAACUAAGCUCAUUCCACCCUUUUCUUCACUUUUUUUAUGAUUGUUUAAUCAUUUUUCUCUUCUUUUUCUGCUCUUUUUAUCUUGAAGUUCUUGGAUAAUUAUUUAACUUUUUUCUUUCCUGUUUGAUAUUCAUUUAUUCUGUCUCAAAAUUCAUUGUUUAUUGAGGAAUGAAAAAAAAUGAAGAGCAGCUUAGAAGCUUAACGUGCAAGAAGAAGCUUUUGAUGUUGAAUGUAUAUCAGUAAUUUUAAUUAAGAAGGUAUUAUAACAAAUAUACAUUGCCAAACUCUUUGAGAGGUUGUCACUAGAGCUGUUUGUCUUGUAGAAAGUAAAUUAAUCUGUUGUUAUGUGUUUUAAACUUAGUCCCAGUGUCUUUUAUGUUUUAAUUCAUUCAUAUUCUAGCUUGUUAAAGUAUUGACAGAGAAGUACUGCAUUCUUUGUUCAGGAGUAUUCCUCUGUGAUAUCUCUCCCUCUUUUUUUUUCUUCACAAUAAACACUACUAGAAAAGCUUGAAGUCAGUAUUGAAUAUCAGCCUUUAGAAGGCACUUUAUACUUAAACCAAAGUUUACAACCUCUGGAGAAAUAAAUGGUGCCAGUUGCUUAUGCACAUCAUGUAUGAAAAUAGGGACUGCAUUAGUAUUAUAGUCUCCAUUACACUUAGCAUAAUGUAACAGUAAAUUAUUGAUUAGAAAACUUAAAAGUUUUAAAGGCAGUAUUUGGUUUUUGUAUACAUAGAAGAUGAACCCAGCUCUAUUAUAUGAUGUUUCAUGUACUCUCAGAAUUACUAUUUAUUGGUGCUUAGUAUUGUAAAUGAAUGUCAUUAUUGUAACCUAUAGGAAUAUGUUUUUUGAUAAUUUGUGGUACUCACAGUUUUCAAAGGUAUUAAUUAUUAUUGUAUGUUUAUCUGUUGCAUUAUUCCAUAGUCUAGCAACACAUUAUUUGGUUUUUAGCUUCAAUUUAUGCAGUUAACUUUAAGAUUUGCACUAAUAUGUCAAGAUUUGGAGCAUGUAGUAACAAACCUAUUUUAUUAGGCUUUAUCUUUUACAUCUUUACAUUUUCUGUAUUCUGUGCCAGAUAUGUAGUAAGACAUUGUUCAAAACCUCUGUUAUCAUUCCACUGUAAUGAUCUUCAAUGGGUAAGGUAUGAUGAAACAUCUACAUAAUGCAGUGUGUUUUAUUUAUGUUGGAACUGUGAAGAAAGAUAAUCUCUCGGCUUGUGCCUGUUCUGGUGGUGCAGGUUUGAUGACUCCCACUCAGAUCUCUUGGUUUUUUCUGUACUAAGAAAAAACAGAUACUUAUCACAGCAUUUGGUUCUCAUCUUUUGAUAUAAUACUGGAUGCAUUGACUAAAAGCAAAUUAUCAAAUUGGCAUUACAUUUUAUUCAUCAAAUGAUUUUACUUAAAGUAGUUGAGCUUCAGUUACUCUCCUUUAAUAACUACCUUGUAAUCUACUUUAAUUUCCCUUAUUCUUGUUGUGAAUUGAUGACUUAGUUUUAAUUUAUGAUAGUGCAUUUUUUAGUAUUUAUGUUGAACCACAACUGUAAUUUUUGUUCUUUUUUUUGCAUCAUUAUAAUAAUCAGUUAUUCAUAAUUUACUGCACAUACCAACUGUCAUAGAAUCUUCAAGAAAAGAUUAUCUUGGUCUGUAUUACAACAACUAAAGGGUAAUAUAAUUCACAUCAUUUUCCACACUUAUAGGUUUGAAGGCAUUAAAUGAUGUUUUUUUUCUUCUUUUGGUAAGUAACUUUGAAUAGGGAUGUACCCUGGUGAAUAGGCAGUGAGCUUAUGGACUUACAGUGCUAAGAUCCUGAGUUUGAUUCCCUGCAGUGGAGAUAAUAUGGACAGCCAAUUUUGUAGCUUUGCACUGACAUAAGAAGAAAAAAAGAAUGAAUGAACUGAGAUUCUUUGACUAAAACUUAUUAAACAACCUCCAUUCAAUUGUUAAAUUUUGUGUUUUUAAUUUUUUUUCCAUUUAAAGUGCCUUUGUAAUUUAAUUUGUUUUUUAACAGAGUAAUUGGAAAUAUAAAACAAUAAAUAAGUUUGAGCAUGAUUAGGUCAUCAUAGUACAAGGGCUAAGAGGUCUGAGUUUGUAUGUUCAAUGCUUUGUAUUCUCUCAUAGCAUUUAGAGAGAAAAACCUUGAGAUCAAAGCUGAAAUUUUUUAUAUGAGUAAUAUUAUGCUAAGCAUAAUUUGAAAAUAAACUUUCUAGUUUCAAGUAAUUUGAGUUUAAAGCUUAGUAUUUGGUACUUGUUAAAUGGAAAAAUCAAACUGCUGACUGCAGUUUGAAAUAUGUUUUGGAAUAUGUUUGUAAAUAUUCAGUGUUUGUUCCUUAUGUAUGCAGACCUACUUUUUUUUUUACUGUAGGCUACGUUGGCAUAAAGAACAAAUUAGUUCCUCAAAAAAAAUAUAUUUUAAUUUCAGAGCAUAGGAGUCAUCACAAAUACUAUGUAUCAUGAAGUUACUGAAUGUUCUUUCAAUAGUUUCCAGGAGAUUUUAAAGAACAUUUCACUAGGAAACCCAGUUCAACAGUGGCAGUAUUUUGUUUUUGUUUUGUUCUAGCUGCAUCAUUCAAUCUUGGAAAUUGUAUACACUUUAUUAAGUAAAGCUAACAAUAUUGAGCUGUUAUGUAUAAGCAAAAGGCUGAUCAUUGGAUCUGUGAAAUAAUUCUGUAUCAUACACUGACUCCUUGCUUGUGAUUAAUACUUUGUGUUUAAUGAAAUAAAGUCUGUGAAUUUAGUUAUUGAGCACGUAA